AUGCCAAAUCUUUUACAAAAAUUACAUUUGACAAAGAAUCAUAAUAAUAUUAAUAAAAACAUUAAUCAAUCAGAUAUGGAUUACAAUACUAAUAAUUAUCAACAAUCACAUCAACCAGGUGAGAAUGUAAAUCAUCCGACAUCUGCACAAUCAGCUGCAAAUACAACAAAUAUAAAUGCAACAACUACAGCAAAUGUAACUCAAGCUCAACAACAAGCACAAGUUCAAGAACAUGCAAAACAAGAAGAACAACAAAGACAACAACAACAACAACAACAUCAACAACAUGUACCUAAAAAUGCAGCAGAAGAAGCAAUAGAAAGAUCAUUAUUACCACAAAGAUCAACUGUAAGUAAAGGUAAAUAUUCAUUAAAUGAUUUUUCAAUAAUGAGAACUUUGGGAACUGGAUCUUUUGGUAGAGUUCAUUUAGUAAGAUCAGUACAUAAUGGUAGAUAUUAUGCUAUAAAAGUAUUGAAAAAGCAUCAAGUUGUUAAAAUGAAACAAGUUGAACAUACAAAUGAUGAACGAAAAAUGUUAAAAUUAAUUGAACAUCCAUUUUUAAUUAGAAUGUGGGGAACGUUCCAAGAUUCAAAAAAUUUAUUUAUGGUAAUGGAUUAUAUUGAAGGUGGAGAAUUAUUUUCAUUAUUAAGAAAAUCUCAAAGAUUUCCAAAUCCAGUUGCAAAAUUUUAUGCAGCUGAAGUUACAUUAGCUUUAGAAUAUUUACAUAGUCAUGAUAUCAUAUAUAGAGAUUUAAAACCUGAAAAUAUCUUGUUGGAUAGAAAUGGUCAUAUUAAAAUAACAGAUUUUGGAUUUGCAAAAGAAGUAAGUACAGUAACUUGGACAUUAUGUGGUACACCAGAUUAUAUUGCUCCUGAAGUUAUAACAACAAAACCAUAUAAUAAAUCAGUAGAUUGGUGGAGUUUAGGUGUAUUAAUUUUUGAAAUGUUGGCAGGUUAUACACCAUUUUAUGAUUCAACUCCAAUGAAAACUUAUGAAAAAAUUUUAGCUGGAAAAAUUCAUUAUCCAAGUUUUUUCCAACCUGAUGAAAUUGAUUUAUUAUCAAAAUUAAUAACUGCUGAUUUAACAAGAAGAUUAGGUAAUUUAAUUAAUGGUCCAGCAGAUAUUAGAAAUCAUCCUUGGUUUCAAGAAGUUGUUUGGGAAAAAUUAUUAGCAAAAGAUAUUGAAACUCCUUAUGAACCUCCUAUAACUGCUGGUGUUGGUGAUUCUUCGUUAUUUGAUCAUUAUCCUGAAGAACAACUUGAUUAUGGUAUAACUUGUGAUGAUCCAUACGGACAAUAUUUUCAAGAAUUUUAA